ACCAAUCAGGCGCGGCUCCAGGUUUAACUAUGUUAAAUGUCAGAUUGCAAUAAACUAGAAGCUGUUGGUCGGGCCCGCGGAAAUGGGCGAGCAUAAUCUCCUUAAUCCAGGGUUUGUGGGACCUUUGGUAAACAUCCACACUGGAGACACGUUUUACUUUCCGAAUUUUAGAGCCUCAGGGGGACAACUGGCGGGGCUACCGUCUCUCUCCUACCCGAGAAGGGACAAUGUUUGCUCCCUCCCGUGGAAUCCUUCGGAGCCGUGCAAUGGAUACUCUCAAUCCUACUUUAGCAGUCCGGUGUCUAUUAACCCUUCCUUCAAUCGGUCGUGUGAAAUUACCAGACCGGAGGAGGGCAAAUGUUAUUACAACAACGGGAACGGGAACAGGGAGACCUGUUCAGGUGGCAGCAGCCUCAAGCGGGAGGACAGGGUGAGGGACACAUCCUCCCUAACAUCUGACCACGGGUUGCACAGUGGAAUUGGCAGCAGUGCCGCCUUUUCCAAAUACGACUACGGGACCGAGCAGCUAACGCAAGACCCGCCGUCGUGUCAGUCCAUGGAGUCCGACUCCAGCUCGUCUCUGCUCAACGAGGGAGGCAAGCCCUCAUCCAGCGACACACAGACCCUGGUGUCACCGGGAAGCCAUUCAGGCAACAUAGCUGCAGGCGGAGGUGCCCCGUGGUACCCGAUGCACACUCGGACCAGAAAGAAGCGCAAACCUUAUUCCAAACUUCAGCUGGCCGAGCUAGAAGGCGAGUUCAUGCUGAACGAGUUCAUCACCAGGCAGCGGCGGAGGGAGCUCUCCGACCGGCUCAAUCUCAGCGACCAACAAGUCAAGAUCUGGUUUCAAAACCGCCGGAUGAAGAAGAAGAGACUCAUGUUGAGGGAGCAAGCUUUGGCCUACUUUUAGAGAUGCAGCAGAAAGGGUGAAUCGAUGGGCAAUAAAAAAAAAAAAGAAAAGCCAAGCCUUCGACGCUCCCCUAAGGUCUUCUUUUAGUGCAUGCACUCAACUGUCCAUCUUCUACAUCCCAGGCUAAUAUCACAACCUUCUUCAGCUGUUUUGUUUUUCUCAACAAAAAAAAACAAGCCACUAUCUGGCAUCCAAAGCUGCUCUUUACAUGCCAGUGAGGCGCCACGUUUGGUAUAAUCGCACAAAAAAGCUGUGAGAAUUGUAUUUUCUUUGUAGGCUGGUCUGAUCUGUCACGAGAUUCGUCUACGCCCUAAAUGUAGGCCACAACAAAUGUGUCUUCACACACAGCGUCUUUGUGGGGUCCGACAAAAUGACAACAUCUUUUUUUCCGGUCUGUCUGUAGUCAGAAAAAAUACAUAUAUAUAUAUAAGGUGGAAGCAAGGGCCAAUCAGCGAAAUCUCCAUUUAGGCCUAAAAAUACCCGUGAAGUCAGAGAGAGGUUUGGCUUUCUUCCCCACAGAGCCCGUCUUCGGUCCCUGUCACCGUUGCUUUUCCAAGCAAAAGCCAUAAUUUGUUGUGUAAGAGGAACAAGUCUUUUUCUGUAGUUUUUCUUUUGGGUUGUUGUCACGUUUGUGUGCACGUUCACGGUCACGGGCAGGAGAUGUGGAAGUCUGGAAGUCUGCAUGUGGACAGGCG